UGUGGACAUAUUGGCAAGGUUACCAAUCCGACUGAGCGGGUAUUUAUAUAAAAUGGCGCGCUGUGGAGAUUUGAAUAAGAUUUAUUUUCAGUGGAAAUAAUACCCCGGUGCUUUUGGUAAACAUGAAUACUAUCACUGCAAUCCUUUUCUUCGCCAUCCUGGCUAUCACCGCCGCCAGUCCAGGUCUUCGUGGAGCUAUCGACGGCCCAGCUAUCAUUUCCGGACCUUCAGGAACGGUCAGAAGACCAGGCAACCUCCUUCUAGGUCAAGGUCUAGCAUUGGAAGGCCGUCUCCUAGGCGGACCAAUAGGAGGAGUCGAAACCAGAAUACUACCUGGUGAAAUUCUGGCCGGACCAGGCUUGGGUCGUGAAAUUCUUAUAGCUCCAGUUCUGGAGGGCAGACUUCUGGCUGGACCUGGAUUGAGAGGUUUGGGUGAAGGAAGGAUCGGUUUGAGAGGAUCAGGUAUCGAAGGUCAAUAUAUUCCGGAUUUGAACGCUAAGUUGUAUGAUGAUGGUACUUACAAACCCCGUUUAUACGGACCUUAGAUCUAUGAUAAAUUGCUGACUGGCAUUCAACGACUGUUUAAACUAAUGUAUAAAAUUCUGCAUGUGUAAGAUUCUUUUAGUAAAUAAAUUAUUGUAA